GAAACAAAACAAAACAUGAAGGUUUGACAGCUGCAACAAAAACGUUACGACUAACUGACAGCCGCUGUUUAUAAGAGGCAUAUAUUCAUAUAGUCAUAAUUUAGUUCAGAAAAUAUUAGAGAUCAUGUGGAUAACUGUGUGGAGAUGGAGGCUGUGAGACCCAAAAAGUCCAAGUCCAAGUCCAAGUCCAGUGGAAAGUCACAGGUCAAAAAGGAGAGACCGUCUGAGGGUGUUAGAAAGCCUUCGGGACCAUCUACAGAACUCCAUGAGCCAGCACCAGCUCCUGAGUUCACUGCUGAUUUCACAGAUGUUCCCCUCAGUCUUUCUCCUGUGCCUCAUGCCACUGAUCUGAACCCACCCACUCAGCCCUCAGUAGACCAUAAUGACAAUGAUGAAAAGGACCAAGACAGAGGUCUCUUGUGUGAUACGACUGAAAUACUGGAGAAACCCCCGUGCCAGGAAGACACGCAGCAUAAAUCGCAGUCUCAAAACAUGGCACCUCAUGUAGACCAAGUUUUGGUGUCCGCUCAGUACCACCAAUGUGGUCAAAAACUUGCAGAGCCAUUUAGUGUCCCUUCUAUAUAUCCUUCGAUCCCAGCUGCUUGCUCUGAGCCUCAACUCUUGGAAGCCACAUGCUCUAUCACCUAUGGACUGGUAGAUGCUUUCCUUAUGCCAUUGGCUUCUGAGGCAGCAGUUAGGCCUGGACAAAUAGCUGUUCAACCUCUAGCUAGCCAGGAAUCCUCCCCAGCCAGCUUAGUCCCUGUGGAGGUCGCUGAUGUGGAGAGGCUUUAUCCAGAGCUGCCCAGAACCUACCAGACUUUAAAGCCCUUUACUAGUGAGCAGCUACGAACCUGGGAACCGGGUUCCUGGCUGGAAAACGUGGAGCUCCAUGCAGCAGAGUUCCAGAGUCUGGCCCACCAAGAGGGACAUGAGUUGUACGAGCUGCUGCUGAGCUACUGGAGGUGCCGUAAGCAGUUGACCCAGGCCCAGACUGAACUGCAGGCUGCUAACUCGGACUGCAAAAAUGUGCAGAAUCGGCUGUGGAGCUUUAAGGACGAAAGGCUUUCGUUACAGGGUGUGUGUGCAGACCAGGCCAAGGUGUUUGGCUACCACUCUUACCAGCAGGUGACACUAAAUGAAGCAGCAAUAGCUGAGCUGAAGCAUCUGUUUGCUGCUAAGGCAGAAAUACUCCAUCAGACAGUGGCGCUGCACUCGUACACCUCCAUACUGUCCCGCCUGCAAGUGGAGUCUUAUCUCUACCAUUUGCUCAGCAGUAACCCCACCACCAAGAGUGUGGCUGUACAAGAUACGAGCACAGUAAGUCCAAAGUCUCAACCCUCCUCUUUUCAACCGCUGAAGGAGAGCAUCAGUGUGCUGUUCAUUUUCACCAGACGGGUUCUAGACGAUUCUCAGUUUCAGUCUGACAUCCAUCUCUGGCUGCAGAGGCUGGUCUCUGUGCUGCAUCUGGUCGGUUCUACAGGAGAUCAUCUGUUCAUCCUAAACCACAUGCUCUGCUGCCCCGCAGGAGUGGGGAAAUGGGCUGUGCCAUUUCUACAGAUCAAAGUAUUGGAUAACCCAUCUGGAGUGUAUUAUUUCAUGCAGGCUCUGGCUAUUCUCAUGUCUCCCGCAAGGCACCGUAUAGACUUCCUGGGACACAUGAAACCCAGUGACCCAAAGGGCAAUAACAGUCUUUCAGGACCUGCAUCUGGAAACUGGACUCUAGUGGAUGAAGGUGGAGAAGAGGAUGAAGACCCAGAAACAAGCUGGAUGCUGCUGUCUGAGGAUGAUCUGAUUUUACUGUUCUCUCAGUUUCCCUUUGAUGAGCUCUUCAAACACUUACUAGGGAUCUGCUCUAAAGGUGACUAUCAGCCUCAAGCCACCACUAGUCAAAAGAUGAUGAAGAUAUUUGCGUUUGCUUCUUCGCUGGUUGAGUUGCUCGUAGUCGGCUUGCAGACCUACAACAGAGCACGUUAUCGCCAGUUUGUAAAGAGGAUUGGUCACAUGAUCCGGAUGACGCUCUGCUAUGUGAGUGACCACUGGGCGCAGUACAUCAGCCUUACAGGUGUGAGCAGGAGCACACUCCAGGAACAGUCCUUCUCAAUGGAGAAGCUGCAGGUGGAGUUUGACCAUCUAUUUCUGAGAGCAGUGCUGCACGUGCUGAAGGCCAAGAGACUGGGUAUAUGGCUGUUCAUGUCUGAGAUGCCAUAUGGCACUUUAUCCAGUGCCAUGCUGUGGAAAAUUUUCUACAUCAUGCAGUGUGCAGAGACGGAUGGUCUGGAAAAGCUCAGCUGUAGCCUGAGUGCUGAAGACUGUAUCCAGGGGCUCAGAGAACCAAGCCACCAGGAGAAGUUUGAGCACUGGCUGUCAGAGAUAAACAGCUCAGAUGGAAUCUGCCUGUUGACAACAUUUGCACACAUGGCCCAGCCCAGACGCUCUGAUGUUGACCCUGAGUUCGUCAGGACCAUAGUGCUGGAGAUAUAUGAGGUGUCCUAUGUGAAUAUUGCCACUCGAGAGAUCUUCUCUAAAGUGGGGCGGGAGUUGCUGGCUGUUAUAGCAUCUGCCCACCCUCACAUCAUCUCUGUAUUGUUGGAGAGACUGAGAGAGACCAUAGACAAAGUGGGCAUGGUGUCACUGUACGUGUUUAAGGAGUUGCCCCUGCACUUGUGGAUGCCAUCCCAGGCUGAGUUUGGGUUGAUUCGUGAUUGGCUGUUGAACUUCAGUCUCAUUGAUGUGGAGAACAGACUAGCCUGCAUCAUACUAGAGAGCCUUAACUGGGGUUUUCAGCAUAAUGGUUUCCUUGUUCAACCAGCUUCUUUGCACAGUGAUGUCGCCCUGCUGGUCAUUGAGGCUUAUCAAAAAUAUCUCACAGACAAGCCAUAUAGUGGCAUCUUAUCAGAAGGCAUCAAACAGGUGUCUUAUCUGGCUAAUGUGGUGCGGCUCGGCCAGACUCCAGAGUCUGCUUUUAACCAGUGGGCCUGGGAUCUGGUUCUGAGGCUGAAGCUUCAUGCCAACGAGCGAAGUCCUUAUGAUGCCUGGUGCCCCCUGCCCUCCUCCAGUGCCCCCAGUGUGCCAGAGAUAACAGACUCUCCCACCAUGCACCCUGUGUUUAAAGCUGUCAAAGUAGGCCUUCCCAUUGGAUGCUUCCUGGCUAUCAACAUGACCACCAUUGGGCACAGUUUGGAGAAGCUCUGCAGUGAUGGAAUAUCUCUGCUGAAGAUGCUGGUUCAGUCCCGUCAUCUCAAAGCUGUAGUGCACAUACUGGAAAACAUUCUUCCACUGGUCUACCACUGCCAGUUCUACUUGCUCAAAAACGAACAGUUUCUCAGCUGUAUCCAGCUCUUCCUGCGGCUGGAUAGUGGGACUCAAGGUGUGGCCCAGCAGGUCACACAGAAGGUGGCCCAGCAUUUUAUCGGCACCUCUACAUGUGAGAACAUCAAGCUCCUAAACAGUGUGAUCCAGGCUCAUAUCCUGGAGAGCUCCAGGCCUGGGCGUGUUGGAGCAAUAGCUGUUCUUGAAUUUUGGCUUCAGGUUUUGACUGAACCGAAUCUCUGGCAUCGAGACAAAGUUGUUCUGUACCUUCUGGACCAUCUGUGCCGUGCUGCAUUUCUUCACCAACAAGAGGAAUGUCUUCAGAAACUUCUCUAUCAACAACACAAGAGUGCCUUAGGCUACCAUGGAGACAAAGGUUUGCUUUCAUCUCUUAUGGGCUGGAUUGUAGCAGGAAACGUCACUCCAUCCUUCAUCGAAGGCAGUUCUCUCACAGGGGAGGUAUGGUUUGCUUGGCUGGUUCUCAAGAUGGAGUCGAUGUUUGAGGAGGACUCUCAGCUGCGGCGGUGUGUAGAGCAAGAGCUCCUCUCCAACUCUACAUACACACCAGAUCAGGCUCUGAAGAAAGCCCAGGUGCGUCUCAAGCUUCAAGUGGUCCCCUCCCUGCAGAGGCUGAUGAUCUAUCGCUGGGCUCAACAAGCUCUAGUUACACCUGCAGAUCACCCGCUCCUGCCUUUGGUGUGGCAGAAAUUCCUUCAACUUUACCUCCGUCAACCUGGACCAGAGUUUGGGCUGGAGGUGAAAGGUUGUAUUGGCAGGCGUUAUUUCCAGAGUGCGGCCCAUCUCUCCUUGCUGAAGAGCCUCCGACAGCGGCUAGUUGAGCUGUCUGAUUUCCACCAUGCUGCUAGCAAGGUUCUGAAGGUGCCCUGUCCCUCUGGUGAAUCCAGUGACGGUCUGCUCACCCCAGGGACGCCCAUCACCUCUCCUGAGCUGCACACUGAAUUUGUUCGGCUCUUCAAUGUGUUUGCUUUGUGGUUGGAUGAUGAAAACCUUCAGAAACAGGAAAUUUACUUGCCCUCUUUGCCAAAGCAGUAUGACACCCACCGCCUAGCCAAAAUCAUGCAGCGUCAGCAGGAGGUGUGGAUGGAGCAUGUGAACAUUGAGCGAGUCCAGCAUGAGCUGCAGGAAGUGCUCAGUCUGUGGUCAAAGGUCAAGAGUGAACCUGCACAUUCCCAGAACACCAGCUCCAACAUCUUCACUGACUUCAUCAAUCCUCUAGCUGCAAGGGAACGUAUUCUCACACACCUGAGAAAGCAUGAUGCCCCCCAGGGGGCGCGUUUGCUUGUGCCAAUGAAAGCCCCAGUGCCUGACAUUCCCACUGAGAGCCUGUCAGAUAAGAAAAUCUCCACUGCCUUAAUUCAGGAAGACCUCGCUAAACUUCAGCAUCAAGCCAAGUUGGCAACGGUGCGGGAGACACAGCAGGUUGCUCUAGACAAUGAACUGUUGGAGGUGUUACCUCAGCUCUACAUAAACCGAGAAGACCAGCUCUCAAUGCAGUUAGAGUGCCGAGGUAAAGGAGGACUGCCCUGCCAGGGUCCUGCACAUAUCACUGUUAAGUACUCAAGAAUGCAUAAACUGGAUCCAGUACAGAAUCAGAUCCAGGGUCUUAAGAGUGAUAUUAAACAGCUGCAGGCUGAUGGAGUCAAAGCUCCUCCUCAGAGUCUGGCUGAGGCAGCUGUGCACACAGAGAACUUCAUCACGGCCUUGGUUAAUGCUUACAAAUUAAAUGCAUCCCCUGGUAUAUUGAAGGUGGGCAUCGCUGCUUUCUAUCAGAUAGUGUCUUUUGUAUGUGAGGACACACAGAGACAUCCACCCACUUGCCAGUUCUUAACUUCCUGUAUUGAGAUCCUGGGUCAGGUCUUUAUCCAGGACGUCCGAUCAGAAUGUAAGCAUAUGCUGAAGACCAUCCUGCUCAACAGGCAUCUGUGUAACCUUCUGUCACCCUACUUCACCCCAAAUGCCUCUCCUGCAGAGCUGGUCUCUCUGUAUGAGGAAGUGGUCAACACCCUCCACACAGACAGCGGUGACGUCAUUUUUAUGCUCCUCACUAAAUUUGACGUGACGCAGUGGCUGUCAGAGGCGCAGCCUCCGUUCCCUGAGCGCAGCCAUCUGAUGACGAUCAUUCAUCAGGCUCUCUGCACCUGUGGACUGAAUCCUGAGCCAGAAGUCCUCAUGCCCUUCAAUAUCUUCUGCAAACACUGGACUGAACUGCUGCUUUACCAGUUUCCUGACCACUACAGCGACUUCCUGCGUUUACUCAUGCAGGGCUCUUCUGAGCAACUUCUCAGUCCAGACUGCUGGAGAGCUUCACUGCGAGUACUGGGCUGCUCUUCUCAUCCUAAAAUAAAGACAGCAAAAACCCGCUCCAUCCUCCUCUCCCCUCAACAGGUGGAUGAGACAAUUGAGUGGCUUUCCAAGUUCUUCCUGAAGCUUCGUUUGUCUAACAUGGACUUCAGGAGUUUCGGUCUCCUCUCAAAAUGGGGGCCGUACAUUGAGGAAGUCAAGGUGUUUUGGGAAGAUCUGAUUAACUAUGUCAUUGAUAUGGAACUAAACAACUGUAGCAAAGUAUCAGUAGGAAGUCCAAGACUUGUCAAAGCUCUUGAAAUCCUACAUGCAAAAAUGGCAAAACUUUUUGAACCAUGGAUUCUAGUCCUUGACACUGACAGCACCAGUCAACCUCGCUGUUCGCCAUGGCUUGAAUCAGAUGCCGCAGCUGCAGCAGGCUUAGUGAGCUUAUAUGCACGCUUGACAGAGACUUUGCAUGAGAAAUUCAAAGAUCACUUGUUGCCAGGACAAAGAGGAGCUCUGUGGCUCCAUCUCAUGCAUUACUGUGAGACCUGCACUUCUCCCAAGAUGCCAGAGUACCUGCUGUACACUUACCACACUGAGUACUGCCAUCUGCCGUGGAAGGACCUGCAUCCAGACCAGAUGCUAAUGAACCAGUUUUUCAAUGUGGAAAGGGGAAGUCCAAAGAGCUGUUUCCUGUUUAUGGGAGAGCUGCUGUGUGAGGUGAACUGGGUCAGUGCAUUGAGUGAUGCUCUCAGCCCACAGCCGAGCCCCUCGGCUCAGACUAUGGUGGUCUCCCUCCUCUACCUGAUGGUGUUCCUGGCCAAAGAAGAUCUUCCUCUCAACAAACCUGAGUCCCCUGUCCUAAAUCUACUUGGCCAAUCAUCUUCUCUGCCUUGGCAUCUAGUGGAUUUUCCUUCAUAUCAAAACAUCAUGCAUUAUGUUAGCACACAUUAUCCAUCCUCCCUUGUUCUCAGUCGUGACACUUCUUCACAACAAGUUAUCAAAUUGCUUCGAAUGGCUGCUGGAUUUGGGCUGCCCACACAGCCGUUGCAUCACAAGGACAUGACUUUAAAGUGCCAAGCCUUCCUUCACCUCAUGGUGCAGUUCCUGACCUCUCUGGAUCAGAAUGGGAACAUCAGUCUGGCGUCUCUGGAGACAGAAAUGGAGAAAUUACUGGAGUACAUUGUCCUUUUUAACCCUCCUGAGACAGACCCACAGCAGAGGCACAUGGCCACGUGCAGUCUGUUUGCUGAGAUGCUGACUCUGCUGAAUGAAGCUGGCAUUUCUACUGCAGAGGGACUCGGGACUAAACUCUAUUCCUGGGUGGAAAAGCGAGCUCGGGGUCCUUUGGUUCUCCCCCUGCUAACUGCUGCUUGCAGAUGCCUGGCCUCAGUGCGUCAUAUGGCACGCACAACUGAGGCCUGUAUUCUCUCCUACUUCACUGAUGUUGGUUGUGUUGAUCAGUACUCUGGUUGGGGGCCCAUACUGGUCUCUCUGCAGGUUCCUGAGCUGACUGUUGAGGACUUCAUCCAGGAGAGCCUGAGCCUGGGCAGUUAUCUCACCUUGUAUGUCUACAUCCUCCAAAGGCUGAACCUGGAGCAGACUCUCCUCAAUGAGAAGAAGACCUUAGUGCUGCUCAGCUCGUGGAUCAACCAGGUCUUUCCUAGUGGUCCAGCCGAUGAGGCAAAGUUGUUCUUGUGGUGGCACAAAGUGUUGGAGCUUCUGCAGAUCCAGGUGGAUCAAGAGAACUCGUGUGGACUUGACACUCUGAUUCUCACAUUAAUGGCAUUCCAGAACCGACUGGCCCAGCUUGGUGAGGAAAGACUGAAUUCAGGCAUCCUGGGAGCCAUUGGCCUUGGGAGGAAAUCCCCACUUUCCAGCAGGUUUCGGGUUGUUGCACGCAGCAUGAUGGCAUUCCUUCUGGUCCAGGUUCCUUCAGAGUCUCAGCUGCGUCUUCAUGCAGGCACAGAGCUGCAGCUCUCAGCUAAAGCCCAACAGGCCUUAGCUUUGCUGGAAGCGAUGCCCAGCAAUAAGCAGUAUUCAGAGCUGCAGGCGUCUGUGAACCAGGCCUGCCAGUUCAUCAAGUAUUCAGGCCACUGCCUGCGUGACAGCAACCACCUUUUGACCCUGCUAAUCAAUGCACUCUACACUGAUCUUCACUAUCUGGAUAUCAUCCGUUAGCUACAGUAUAUAAUCAACACAAGGUUAGAGUUAAUGCCUGCCAUCAAGCUCUGUAAAGCUCACCAAAGUAACUGGGGAAAGAAGCAUAACUCCAGAUGAUAUGAAGGAGAACUCUUUGUUGAGAACCAGUGCAAUCCAUUAGACAGUUUCAGUUUUGUAGCACUGACGUCUUGACUAAGGCUUGAAAAGAAAGACGAGAGAGGAAGGUUAAAUCAUGGUUUGCAGUACAUGCUCAUUCAGUUCAUGGUCCAAAAUAAAAUUGCUCUCUUAUCUUACAGCCCUUUUCCUCAAUUGGUGCAUAGGUCUGCUUUGCUCAACGAGAUUAAGAAAAUGCAUGAUGAUCCACACACGAAAUAAUACUUCAAACUAUUAAUGAAAACUAUCCCUUUUUGUGUGGAUCAUCAUGCCUUUUACACAGUUUAUGGUCUCAGUAUAUAGCUUAUUGUAGUCAUUUAUAUAAUUUAUUUUGGAUUGGCAAGGAGUUUAUGAUGCAUGUUUGAGGAUGUUUUAGAUGUGCUUUGUUGGAGGAAUUUUGGUGAUGUUUUAGAAAAUUCAUUGAAUUCACAGGGAGUAUAGUCACGGAGUAUCUAUACCUCAUAGAACGUCUCUCUCUCUCAUUUCAUUUGUGCACAUGCUGGUGAAUUUACAAAAGAUUAUAUUUUAUUUUGGUUUCACUUCAGACUCACUAUUACUAUAUUUUUUUUAAAUUAGCUUUUUUAAAGUACUUACAAGCUCAUGCAAAUCAACCAAUAAUGGCUGGAUAUUUGAUAUUUUAGUCUUAUGAAGUGAAUAUUUUGUGGCUUUCUUACUGGUUAUUGUCUUUAUUAUUUGAUGAUGUUUUGGUCUGGCCAGCAAUGUCCAAACUAGAUGAACACUGGUUGCUGCUCCAGCAUGUGAUCUGUCUGAUAAGUGCACUUAAUUUUCAAACAUAGACAUGCUUGUCAAUACACAGCUUAAGUCCUUCCUUAAAUACCGUUCACAUGACAUCACACAUUCCUUUCGCCUCAAAAGGUUUCUGUUUCUCCACAGUAAGAUGGCUAAUAUUAAUUUGAAUAAUCAUUUAAAUUUGAAUGAAAGUGCUUACUGCUGUAUUUGAUAAUUAAUGUAUUAUUAAUUUUAAUUUGAAUGAGAGAAUGCAUUCUUUUGGUACUGUUUCCAGCAUGCUGCUAUCUCCAUAUUUGGAAUUAGUUUUUAUAGACUUAAGCUAAUAAGUCAGGCCCUCUCUGGAUUCACUGCAUGCUUUUAUAAUACAUUCAGAGGUCAUUUUCUCAUACCAAAACAUUAAUUGGUUUACAUAAUACUUCAGUAUAAAUAUCACAACUUUUUACAUCGGAUUUACAUAGGAAUCAAGCAAUUUCAGUGCACAAUUUCAGUGUCCCCAGAGAGAUUAUCGAUACCCCAUACAAGAAUAAGAAAUUACAAAAACAACCAAUAUUUCAUCAUUAAAAGUAUAAAUUACAGAUUUAAGUUUAAAUUAUUAUUAUUAUUAUUAUUAUUCUUAUUAUUUAAACAAUGUGCACAACAUUGAGCAACCUUGACACCUAGAAGUUUGUAUAAAUGUAUACUGGAAAAAGGAGUCUAAUGUUGUGUAUUGCCUUAUAAUGUGUUUUCUUGUGUUUUCACCCUUCUUGUGCCAUGAUUACCCUUCUGUCAUGUCAAAUGAUGUCAUGUUCACUGGAAAUGGAAAUGAUUAUCAAGGUCAAUAAUACCUACAAUCAAAAGAAUUGUGUGUUUAUGUUCUCGUGUGAUGUGAAAUUCUGCACUUUAAUUUUUAUUUUAUUUUUUAGCAAAUAGCAAUAGCAAAAUAUAUUUAGCAUGUUUUACUUUAUCAAAAUGUAUUUAGGUGUUAUAUAAAAUAUUUAAAAUGUAAAACUUUAUUUUAAAGAAAGAUAGCACUAGCACACUGUUCAGGCAAAACAUUUCACAAAACAAAAGUUUGGUUUUCAAUUAAAAAACAUAUACUAUCAAAAUUAAGGUAAGAAGUAAUAGGACACUUUGUGGUUCACAAAUAUUUAUAGAACAUGUGCAUAGUUCAUGUGAUGAACUACAUCUUUGUGAUGAGGGGAAAUUACUUCAUACAUCCACUACCAGCUGAUUAAAGGUUAUUGCAAAAAUGGAUUAGAAAUGUUUUUUCUGUGUAAAGUUAUAGCCAAUUUUACAACUUCCAUUACCCUGAUGAUUUAAUGUCAACAAACCCUAAAAUGACUGUAAAAAUGAGGGUUUAAACAACUUUACAGCUCAAAUAAUAAACAAGUUUUAUCAGAAGAAUUAAUGUAAGUGCUUUUAUAAAAUUAUAAGCUUCACAUUUCUGCCUUUAAACUUUCCAAAAUUGAUCCCAUUCACUUCCAUUGUAAGUGCCUCACUAUAACCUCGAUUUUUGCUUUUGUUCUUUUAAAGAAAAGGACGGAUGAGUCAAAACUAAUUUUUGUGGUAAUCAAUAUUAUGCCACAAAUGCUGUCGAUUGAGCUUAACUUGUAUUGAACCCCGAAUAUUCCAUUAAGUUCUGAAUACUUUUAGGGGUGACAAAACAAAUUUAAUUAGGUGAAAUGUGACGAAUGGUGACAAAGUCCACCUAGAAGGCCUCAUUAAUUUGACUAAAUAGUAGAGGUCAGUCUUGUGAGACUCCACAUCUCAGGUGAUAGAAUCCACAUCUCAGGCUACGGUGGUUGCCAUGGAAAUCUACCUAGACAGCAAAUGGGAGACUGAGAUGUGGUAUGUCAGUGUCUCUUCUUAUGUUUAGCCGUUUAUACUUUGUCACAUCUGAGCCAAAAUAACAUACUGGAGUAUUUUAAAUCAUAAAGCUUGUAUUUAAUGCUGUGCCAGCUGGAUUUUGACAUGUCUACCACAUUUAAUUAUACAUCUGCUCUGUGCUUUUUAUUUAUUUUAUUUGUUCCUUCAAGUCUUUGGGCUGUGCGCUAGUCAUAACUACAACAAUAUUUAUUUAUUUUUUAUGCAUUAUAUCUUUUUUUAAUCAUGUUGAUUUAAAUAUUUUGUAGGUUUAAGUAGCAAGCAUCUCAGGUUUACUACAGUGUUACCUACUUAGAACUUCGGAGGCAAUAUGAUAAGUGUGGGUGAGAAACAGUUGUUUAUUUUACAAUCAAUCUCCACAUUCACUUUCACAUUCCUCUUUCUUGUUUUUUUUUUGCAAUUCACAUUUUUUGUGCAUAUCGACACCUACUGGGCAGAGAGGAGAAUUUUUUGUAAAAAAUGUUUCUCAUCAACAAUUAUCAUAUCUAAAGAUAUAGAUUUAACCACUGGAGUGUCAUGGAUUGCUGUUAUGCUGCCUUUAUGUGCAUUUUGGAGAUUCAACAUUUUGGUACCCAUUAAUUUGCAUUGUAUGGACCUAUAGAGCUGAAAUAUUCUUCCAAAAAUCUUAAUUUGUGUUGAGCAGAAGAAAGAAACUCAUCAUCCCUCACUCUCUCUCACACAAACACACUCCCACUGUGUCUGUGUGAGAGAGAGAGAGAGAGGUCAAAACUAAUGUACUAGGUUCAAACGAUUUUGUUUCUUUUUUAUCUGUCAAAAUGAUGGACAGCAUUUGGAGUUAUCCAUCAAUAUUUCAAAAAUCGGUAAAUGAAGUGACGGAGAAUUUUCGGUCAUUACUUAACCCAGCGGUCCAUGACAUGUUGGGUUAAUUAAUUGUUUGUGUUCCACAAGAAAUAAUGAGUCUGAGAUGCCACUGUCAGUACUAGUGUGCGUUCUUGAAAUUCUGCAGCCACGUCCACACUAUCCGUUUAUGUUUGAAAACCCUGUUGUCAUUUUCAUAACAUAGUUUUCCAAAGUAUGCUGUUAUGAAGAGCGUUUUUGAAAGUCUUUGUUUUCCGUGCCAUUCCAGUGCGGAUGAGAGCCAUGAACGUAGAACAACCCAUGUGUUUUCAAACAAAAAUGUAGUCUGUGGUCUGUACAUUCUGUAUGUUUACUUCGACGCUUCCAGUGUAGACUAUCCUUUAAAACAGGCAUAAAAAAAACUUUGUGUAGCCUCUAACAAAUGGAUUUAAACUCACACAAUUGUGAAUAGAC